AUAGAAACAUUUUUUCUCGGGCACUGCGUUAGAGGUAUUAAGAAAAACUCUCCUAAGGAAAAUCAUGAUAAUAAGCAAUACUGUCCACUGGAGCUCAGAAUCCGAAUGAAUGGCCAGAAAGAUGCAUUCGUCGUCAAAGAGUGGAAUCAUCAUCACAACCAUGAUCCUCCAAAGAAGUGCAAGGACUGGAUAAAUGGCAAUCAGAAAAAGGGGAAGGGGAAAGGACAAAAGAAAGAAAGGACACUGGAAGAGGAAAUUAUAGAGAACUAUUUAGAUACAUUGAGAAAAAAUUUAAAUUCAUCAAUGGACACACUGAAAGAAAAAUUAAAGCUAUUAAAGGAAUGUGGAAAGAAAAUAGCGGAAUUGGAUGGAGAUGGAAAAGAUUUACAUUUUAUAAAUAUUGAUUCUGAAGACGACGACGGGAAAAAGUCGGAAGAGUCAGAAGAUGAAAAAGAAGAGGAAGAAAUGUCAGAUAGUAAUGAACAAAUGACAGAAAUUGAUAAAGAAAAUGAUCAGAACCAUAAAAGGAAAGGAGAAAAGAGAAAACUGAAUCAAAAUAAAGAAAGAGUUAAAGAAAAUAAGAAAAACAAAGGCGAAGGAAAUGAGAAAGAAGAAGAGGAAAAGAAAAGAGAAGAUAAAGAUGAAGGACAAACAGAAUCAGGUGAAAAGGAAAUUUUUAAAGAAAUGGAGGGAAAGAAAGGAGAAGAAAAAGAUGAAGGACAAACAGAAUUAGGUGAAACGGAAAUUUAUAAAGAAAGUGGAGGUAGUAACCUGAGCGACAUGGAGAAUAUGGUAACGUUGAAAAAUAUGUUGGAAAAUCUAGUAGGACAAGAAAUAACAGCAAGGUGUGAGGCGGGGUAUAUAGUUUCGAAAGAAGAUUUGAGAGAAAUGAAUGAAGGGUUGUUAGAAUUUUUGAGAGAAAAUGCGACCAUAGUGGAAGGAUUAGAAAACAUGGUAGAACCUGAAGUUCUCAAACAUUUAAAUUUUUUAAUACAUAAUGGUGCAAUCUGA